CCGGCAUUGUUACAACGAAUAAAAAUUCGUUACCAUGGAAAUAAUUUUCCAAAAAAAUAGCAAAACAUACAAAAAAACACAAUUUUCUAUUCAUAUUAUGAAACAUAAGUUUACUCUGCAACAUUAAAAAUAAAAAAAAUUAUAUUUCAAAUAAAAAAAUCUUUAAACAACAAUUAUGUUGCAUCAGGGUAUAAUCCUUAGAGAGGGUCAUAUAACACGAACUAUCUAUAAUUUGAUAAAAGACAAACGUUUCGAAGAUGUCAUUGAGUGCAUAAUCAAUUUGGGCGAGGCAGCUAACACUAGAGCCGGUCUAUCGAUAUUAGGUUAUUGUUACUAUCAUGCCCAGAAGUAUGAGGAGGCAGCUACUUGUUAUGAACAAUUGUGCAAUUUGGCACCAAAGAUACCGAAAUAUAAAUUCUAUUAUGCCCAAUCUCUGUAUCAGGCGGGUAUAUUUGUGGAUGCCUUAAAGAUCUUAAAACAAAUAAGUGAUAAUGAAGAGUUAAAAGAACAAUGUCUACAAUUACAAAGUGCCAUUUUGUAUUCGAGUGAGGAUUUUGCAGGAGCUCAAAGUGUUUUGAAUCAACGUUCAAGUGGUACUGCUGAAACUCUUAACGAUGAAGGUUGUCUACUCUAUCAGGCUGAUCAAUUUGAAAGUGCUGUGCAACGUUUUAAUACAGCCCUACAAGUGGGUGGUUUUAAUCCCUUGAUUGCCUAUAAUUUGGCUUUGUCACAUUUUCGUAAAAAGGAAAAAACUCAAGCUUUAGAUUUUACCACUGAAAUUGUGGAACGUGGCAUAAGGAAUCAUCCUGAAUUGGGUAUCGGUGCUCAAAUAGAUACAGAUGGUAGUGCUCGUAGUGUGGGUAAUCCCAUAACAAUGGCUUUGUCGGGCAUAACACAGGCAUUGAAUUUGAAGGCCGCUAUUGAGUACAAUGAUGGAAAUAUCGAGGCCGCCAGAGAUUCUUUAUUGGAUUUGCCGCCCAGAGCUGAAAGUGAAUUAGAUCCUGUAACUUUACACAACAUGGCUCUGACCGAUCCUCAAGGUCCAGUAGCAGGAUUAAGAAAAUUAGCUUUUCUUUUGGAUCUAGGACCACCCUCUUGUCCUAGGGAAACGUUUGCCAAUAUACUACUUAUUUGUUGCAAACAUGAAAUGUAUGAAACUGCAGCCGAUAUACUGGCGGAACACACAAACUUGACGUACACCUAUUUAUCACAGUAUCUUUAUGAACUUUUGGAUGCUUUAAUAACGGCACAAGCAUCGGCAGAAUUGGCUGAGAAAAAAUUGGGCACUUUGGCCUCUAGUUUGGCGGGUAAAUUGAGAAGUUUGGCUGCCAAGGUACAAGAAGUACGUUCGACUACCGAUCAGAAUGCCUUAAGAAAUGCUUUGAAAGAUUAUGAAAACGCCUUGGAAUUGUAUUUGCCCGUGGUCAUGGCCCGUGCUUGGAUCUCUUGGCGUGAUGAUGAUUUUGUGGGCGCCGAGAGAGAGUUUCGUUCGAGUGCUGAAUUCUGUUCGGAAAAUUCCAUAUGGCGUUUAAAUGCCGGCCAUGUGCUCUUUAUGCAGGGCGAUAAAUACAAGGAAGCGGCUGCAUUCUAUGAACCCGUUAUUCGACAACAUGGAGAUGAUAUCAUGUCUGUUUCGGCAGCCGUUUUGGCCAAUCUUUGUGUCUCUUAUAUAAUGACUUUUCAAAACGAAGAAGCCGAAGAACUAAUGCGCAAAGUAGAAAAAGCUGAGGAACUUAAGGGCAACAUGGGCAAACAGUAUCAUCAUUUGUGCAUCGUGAAUUUAGUGGUGGGCACUUUAUAUUGUGCCAAAUCGAAUUAUGAGUUUGGUUUAUCACGUAUUGCUCAUGCUUUGGAGGGUGGUUCGGGUGCUAGACUCUAUGCUGACACCUGGCUACAUGUUAAACGCUGUAUAUUGGGUCUUUUGACGGGCAUGGCUAAACAAAAUAUUAUUUUACCUUAUCCCUCGUUGCAGGAGGUGAUGAAUUUUUUAAAAUCUUGUGAGGUUAAUGGCAUCUUUACACCGGCGAAUAUUUAUAGUGCAUCUGAAGAAGUUCCCGCCGAACCGUUAACCAUUGGCUUAGAAGCUCGUAAAUUACGUUUACUUUUAAUAAAAUUAAGCGAAUAUGAACAUUAA